UCAGAAGAUUCCUCAGGAUUAGAAGGAUCCAUUGACCUUAGGUGGACAUCUGAAGUCAUAGUAUGGGAUCUGUCAGAAGGAUCCUCAGGUUUAGGAUCCAUUGGUCUUAGAUGGACAUCUGAAGUCAUAGCAUUGGAUUUAUCAGAUGAUUCCUCAGGAUUAGAAGGAUCCAUUGAUCUUAGAUGGACAUCUGAAGUCAUAGUAUGGAAUUUAGUAAAAGAUUCCUCGGGAUUAGAGGGAUCCAUUGAUGUUGGCAACCAGUAAAAUGUUACUUUUGUAGAACAUCACUAUUUUCUGCAGUGCAAUCUUUAAAAAUAAGACAUCUCUCUGAUGUUUUUAAAUUCCAAAAUACUGUCCAUGUUCUGGAAAACAAUUUUAAUAUACAAGUCAUGUCUAUC